AUGGCAACCUUUUAUUUUGACACUCUUUCUGUUGUUGAAGACUUUUGGUCUGUGUACAAUCAUAUCAAGCGACCAAGCCAAAUUAGCAGUGGGUGUGACUACAUGCUAUUUAAAGAAGGUAUUGAACCAAUGUGGGAAGACAAAACAAACAAAGAUGGUGGUAGGUGGUUGUUAAAUAUUAAUAAAAGACGAAGAAAAUGUGGAGUUUUAGACAAUGUUUGGAUUGAAACAUUAAUGUGCUUAAUUGGGGAAGUUUUUGAUGACAGUAGUGAUGAUAUAUGUGGAGCUAUGGUACAAAAUAGAACAAAAGGGGACAAAAUAUCUAUUUGGACUAGAGUUGCUAAAAAUAAAGAGCAUGUUUACAGAAUAGGUCAUGUAUAUAAAGAGAAGAUAAAAAUCCACAUUUUUGAACCAUUUACGAUACAAUACGAGUCACAUCUUGAUGUUGUAACACGGUCUAGCAAUAGAACACUAUUUACUAUAACCUGUCCACACGUUAUUGAUAGGAGCUAAACGAGAAUAAUUAGAGUCA